UUUCAUAGUUGCAACAUCUUUUAGCGAAACAACAUGUUAGAUAUUUAUACCAGUAUCACGAAAGUACAAUAAAAUAACAUGCUUGUACAAUAAAUAUAUUAUACACGGCUCACUAAAAUAAUUAGUUACGCCCCUGUACUACUGAUUACUUAAAAUUCAAGUAGUAUUUAUGUAACCUUUCUGGAAACUCCAGGUUAUUGUUGAGACUCGCAUUUGAACCCCUCGCCGGGGCAGAUCGUCAAAAGCUUCCUAACGAGAAUCAUCUCUAAUCUAUCGACGCUCCCGCUAUUCGUAAAAAGGCCGCAUUUUACCGGCUUUUUUUGCUAUCGUUUUAUACCGCUCAGAUAAUUCAAUCUGCUCAGUAUUAUCGACGAUGAUUUAUUUAGCGUAUUAGUGAGUGCCUUACAAAUGAACCAAAUGGAUUAUGGAAUUCAAUCAGAGCUCUGAUGUGACACGUCAUCAAGGAAUAAAACUCAAUGGUGUUAAUGUGGAAGGUGCAACCCAUAAACAAGUCGUUGAUCUUAUAAAAUCAGGAGGAGAUGUAUUAACCUUAACUGUCAUAUCCGUCACGCAACAGGAGGCUGAACGUUUGGAACCUACAGACGAUAACCAAGUAUAUUAUGAUUAUAGCGAAAAAAGAUCUUUACCAAUAAGUAUUCCCGAUUAUCACCAUAAUGAACGAAGCGGAGAACGAUACGUCUCGUUUAAUAUAUACAUGGCGGGGCGUCAUCUUUGUUCUAGGCGAUACAGAGAGUUUGCAAAAUUGCAUAAUGAUCUCAAAAAGGAAUUUUUAGGUUUUACGUUUCCCAAACUACCAGGAAAAUGGCCCUUCACCAUGAGCGAGCAACAACUAGAUGCUCGUCGUCGUGGCUUAGAGCAGUAUUUGGAGAGAGUUUGUGCCGUAAGAGUUAUAGCUGAGUCUGAUAUCAUGCAAGAGUUCCUAACUGACCAAGAUGAUGAAAACAGUACGAGUCCAGUCGAUCUUAAAGUAUUAUUACCCGAUAGGGAAGUCGUAACAGUAUCCCUAAAAAAGACUUCAAAUGCCGAUGAAGUAUAUGAUGCAGUAAUUAGAAAAAUUGGAAUGAGCAAAAAAGUUUCAUGUUAUUUUUAUUUAUUUGAAAUAGUCGAAUAUAACUUUGAGAGAAAGUUGCAACCGAAUGAAUACCCCCAUAAUUUAUAUAUACAGAAUUAUAGUACCGCCACAAGUACGUGUUUAAGCAUUAGAAGAUGGUUGUUUUCCGUCGAUAAGGAAUAUACGUUAAUGAGCGAUGCACAGGCUAUUUCCUACAUAUUCUGGCAGGCAGUAGAUGAAGUAAAUAGAGGCUGCAUCCACGCCGGCGAACGCCUCUACCAGCUCAAAGCCCUUCAGGACAAAACUCGUGCCGCCGAAUAUCUCAAACUCGCCAGAGAACUUCCCGGGUACGGCGAGGUAGUGUUCCCGCAUUGCGCAUGCGACUCUAGAAAAGACGGCCACGUGGUACUGUCGAUCGGUACCAUGGGAAUCAAAUUGCACGCGUGUCGAGAGGACGGGACGCUGGAAAGUCAAGUGAUAUUGUUGCAGUGGGAUUCCCUGCGACAAUGGGAGAUCGAUGAAGAAGGAAUGGCUUUCUGUCUAAAGUAUAAUAGGCCCGACAAAACGCCGAAGUGGUUAAAAAUAUUCACGCCAUACUAUCUGUACUUGAUGGACUGUUUCGAAAGGAUCAUGGAGGAAAGCAAAUGGUUGGACACGGGCGAUUGAUGCCCGCCAUAAUCACAUAAAAAAUUUCUCCUUUAACUGGUAGACUAAAACAUCAUCAAUUAUUUUAUAAGUAAGAAAAUAGAGUCUAAAGAAUUUUUUUAGGAGUUGUACUUCCUUGAAAAACUAUUAUUGUGAUUUGUAUUAUUAUUAUUAUAAUAUUCUUGUUUAUUUUUUUAAAUGUUCUCUAGCUUUAAAAGCGCUGUUUUGUGUACAUAUAUAUCGUCGGUGCAGUUGCAAUAUAUUUACGAGAAACUCUUCUCUGUCGCAAUACUAUGUAUGUACAAUAUGGUGUAUUUAUUAGGUAAAUAGCGUGGUUUUUGAUUUUUAUAUACCUUUUUACAGUUUUUGCAUAUUUUUUUUGGUGUUCUUUGUGACACGACAAAUUAUUUAUAUGAGAUUUACUGGACUCGAUCGAACGCUUUUGGAAAGUUUAUGGAAUUUUUUAUUCUAUUUUGUUAGAAUGCUCACACUCAACGUAAGUAAAGUUUACUUACCAGAAGAAAUAUGAAUUGUAUGGAAAUGAUAUGAUAUUAAUUACUCAUAAAAUUUGAUAGAAAAAUAAUACCAUUAGACAUUGUUACGAACUUAAUUAAGCCGCUUUUUAACCUUACCAAAAUGAAACGAAAACACAACGACACAACCCAACCUUUAUAUGUAGUAAAUCAAUAAGUAGUCCAAUGCUUAAUUCGUAACAUUGAUCCGGCUCCGAAGGACCAAUGGUCCAAACUAGACUUGAACUUACUUGAAUUUAUUUAUAAAUAUUUAUUAUAGUUAAAUUUGAAUGGUUUGAUUUUCUCGUUGUCUUUUCGUUUCAUUUUGGUAAGGUUAAAAAGCUGUAACUAGGUCUGAUUUCAUUAAUUUCGUAUCUUAUCGGAAAGCGACUAAUCUGCGCGACAAUCAGUGUAGAUAGAAUUGAAACGAGGCAACUAAGGUCACGUGAAACGAAUGAAUGAAGAUAGAUGGCCAAAAAAGCUUUAAAUUACAUACCAUAACAAAGAAGAAGAAGGGGAAGUCCUUCAGUUGCCUGGGAAGAAAAUGCACGGCACAUAAUGAGAGAUAGAGCCAUCAAAGAAGACGAAUGGAUGGACAGAAAACGAUAGCGGUCGAAAUGCGAGAAGCGGCAGAGGCUGUAGGAACCUCGCUUAGAGAUAGAUAGAGAUAAAUGCGUAAAAUUCAUAGGAGCAACUAAUUACUUAAAUUAUAGGUGGUUGCAAAUAAAGAAAUCGAAACAUUAUAUAGGUUUAAGGUAACUAAGGUGAACUUACUGGCAACUUCAAUGUAAUUUUGACACUGGUAACAACGAAGAACGAAAACUUUUAUGUCUAUUCUCUCCAAUACAAGGAACAAAUAGGAUAACACAAUGCAAUUUUAAAAAUAAAAAAAAAAGAAUGUGUGUGUACUUUGUACGCACGUAAGAAGUUAUACUUCUAUUAUAAUAUAAUCUAACUUCGUAUUAUGAGUUCAACGAAAUCAAUAUACCUAUCUACUUUAAACAGUUUUUUUGUAUUGUAUUUAAAUAUUAAACUAAUUUUAGAAAGAACGAAAAGAAUACCAAAAAUUAAAAAAAAGGAUAUAACUUUGUCAGGAUUCGAACAGGGGACCUCUCGAUCCCUAGGCGAAUGCUCUACCGAUCAGCUACCACCGCUUUUGUAUUCAGUCGAUCAUUUCUCGGACAUAAUUACAGUCACGGUGACAGAUACAUUAAUUGAAAAUAAACAUUUUCAAUAAUACUUAUAAGGAGGAAGACAAAUCCACAGACAUAAAAAUUAUAAUAAAUAUAUUGUUAUGAUCUGCUUUCUAUUACUUUUAUAUAGAUUAUUAUUUACUUGAUCAAUUAUUUAAUUAACGCAAAUCAUACAUAAAAAUUAAGAAAGAAUCUCAGGGUGCCUUUUUAUAAUAUAAAAAAAUGUCUAAAUUAUCUUAUGUUAUACUUAUCUUCUCUCGUGGUUUCAGUAUCUCUUAGUUGAUCCUUAUCGGGAUAAAAUAGGAAAAGGAAAUAAAUAGAAAAAUCAUACAUAAAAACAUACAAUUACCUUUAUUAUCAAAAGCAAUGUUCUGUAAAUUUAUCAAUUAAAUUCUGUGGGCAUAACUGUCCAAAAGAAACUUUUACCAUAUAAAUUAAUCUAAUUCAAACAAAUAUUUAUCGCUUUGUUCUUGAUACGAUUAAUAAAAAACAAGCUAAACAAACAAAUUUGGUAUUCGCAAAUUACUUAUACUUCCUAUUAAAUUUUUGAAAUGUUGGAAUCUUAAAUGCAUAUGCUUUUACGUAAAAUUUUAACUUCUGAUUAUAAAGAAAAUCUAUCACAUAGGUUAUUGACUGACCUUUUUGAUUCACACACAAUGAUGUCUUCUCUUGACCCAAACAGCUCCUCCUUGUUGAUUAUGUUAGGCUACCAAUCAAAGCCCUCUCCGUUCUCAGCAAACAAUCCAGCAGGAUACCAGCAACUAUUUCUCCAAAACACAAGCCAGGCCUCUUUUUGCCAGUACUCGUUCAAUAAACUCCAAAACUCUCUCCUCUCUUUCUCUCAACAAUAAUCACCUCAGACACAAGUAUCUUUUUUACUUGGUGUCACAAAUAAUUUUAAUAACGAUAAUUCUUGUAACUUACUCUCUUGGACUUUACAGAAUCAAAGAGAUAUUUCUUCUCGAUUUGAUUUGUCUCUCGUUCCACUUUCAGCUACUCUCACUAUCAAAAAACAACCACUAGUACUUGCUUCUGAACUACCCACGAAAACUUUUGACUGCUCUUCUCGAAUGCCGGUAACACAAUAAUCUUUUCUUUUCCAAACUGUCUCAACAUUCCAACAAAACUUUCCCCUUUCCAAAUUGCCAAGCCAAUCAGAAACAUUUCUCUCUUCACCUUCCUCUGUUUUAUCCGAAAAAUCCAUUCAUUCUAUCAAACAAUACUUCUACUCAAAACUUAUGACUUUUCGGAAAUUACCUGUCAUUAAACAAACAUAUUUAAAAUUCUAAUUCUCUUUGCCUCUAUUUUUCUAAAAACUAAUAAUUACAUCUACCUGUGGUUUUCCUUUCCCGUAAACAAUCUUUUUAAAAUUAUAAUCCUAAAUAAAUGUUCGUUUCACUUUUUAUUUACAAAAUGUUUUUAAUAUUUCAUGGAAAAACUCAUUAAGGAGAAACCACCUUGCGUGAAAGCUAACUUCUAAUAAAUAUUUACAAAUCAAUAUACAGGGUGUAUCAAAUUUAUGUGCCCGCUUUAUAUUAAAAAAAUAAAAAAAUUUAUUCUAUCUUUGAUUGAUAAAUUGAAACACAAUAAUAUUUACUAAAAACACUAAUAAUAUAUUCUUUUCACGCACACCUUAUUUGCGCUACAUAACUUAAAAGAUGUAGCGACUAAUACCAUACUGUCGGUGUGCGCAUGCGCCAGUGAAUGUAAAAAUUCACCCUCGUGCCUAAAGAAGUAUAACUUCAAAAAUGGAGGAACUUUGAACUAUGUAUAUUUGAAUGGAAAAGUAUUCUUUAACAAGCCAAAAUCCAAACCUCGAUCAUGAUAACAUUUUGAGAAAUUAUACACAAAAGAAAAUAUCAAACAUAAUACAAGUAUUCCACAAUGAAUUCUCAUUCUCAUGCAAAAUAUUGUGAAAUAAAAUGUCUCUUAAAGUUUAAACCUCGUUGCACAUCAUUAACAUUUCUAUUUACUGGCGCAUCAAUAUUUUCUACAAAAUCAUCUCACCAUCAUUAUCUUCCCGUAAACCUAGAUUGUAAAGGACUGCUGUUAUAUCAUUGCAAGACAUGUAUUUGUUUGUAGACCUUAUUGAACACAGUUUCCCAAUAGAUUUUUGACAUUUCUUGUUCUUACAUGUGCACUAUUAUAUCUAUUUUCUUGAUAGUGAUCUAAAAAGAAAUACUAGGACAAUAAAUUCUAUAUUAGAGAGACUGUUCUGAGUUUUUAUUGAAUCUCACCCCAACAGUGGCGAAAAGGGUUUAAUUAUUACGUUUUGCCUAAUUGGACAUAGGUGAAUAUUUUAGGACCACAUGCAUAUGUCCCAAAGCAAUAGAGUCCUUCGAUAUUAACAAACUAGUGAACUUUUAGGGCGAAUGGUUCUGAGAAUUUAUUUGGUCGGGUUUUAUAGUUACUAAUUAACACGAUAUGAAGGGUUGUGCACACGAGAAAUAAAAGUGAUAAGCGACAAAAACAUUUACUAACAACAACGAGUUUGACAAAUAAGCAGCUUAACGAUAAAUUGUGUUAGUAGCGAAAGAGAGAGAAAGAGUCUAUUAUACAAAUUUCCGUGUUGACAAUUAGCGAGAGGGGUAAUUAUUGCGAGAGCGUAACGUAUUUUCACGACGAAAAGAGGAGCACACACUUAACACCUCGCCGUAGAGAGGCUGACGAGAGACUACCCAGUUUUUAUUAUAAAACUGCAAUAUUUUGUUUACGGGUAAGAAUGUCACUUAACAAGAGCGUAUCCAUGGCAUCCACACAUGUUUAUACCCUUGCGACCAGCGAAGACGCCAAAGCAGCAACCAUAUGUCCGUUAUUUCAAAGAGAAUUAAAUCUUUCAAACACAAUACAGAUUGUCCCAACAGAUUUACAAGAGAGAUUUACAAAAAUGCGAAUUAAUUUAACUGUUGUUUUUACAACAGAGACAUCAAACGUUUUUAAAGCACCCUUGCCAUAUUUUCCAAAAUUACAACUAUUAGAAAAAAAUAUUAAAAUAAAAUAGCAAAUUGGUAAGGAUCAAGUGAAUAGAAUUAUUAUUAAAACAAUUAGUUAAAUUUAAUUAAAGAUCCUAACUGCAUAAAGUUUUAACAAAGUUAAAAACGACACGUGGGCUGGAAAAGGUUAUAUAUAAGAAGUAAAGUCCAAAAAUAGGGAAUAUAGAAAUACAAUGAAGAAUAUUGGUUAGGGUUAGUUAGUAACAAUAACAGUACUCACCUGAAGAGAUUAUAGAAGAAAUAAAUGAGUGACAUGAUGGACAGAAGGGAAUUCAAGGGUUGUAAUUAUUUAGUUGUCUUGGAAUACGGGUAAGAUAAGAAUAGAAUAUUUAGCUGAUGAAAAAGAGAAGGACGCCAACUAUUUUUUGAAGAAACAGUUGUAAAACAAAACAGAAAGUUAAGAAAUUAAUAAAUUCCAUAGAAAUUGGAAUAAAAUCAUUAUUUAAAUAUAAAUUAAUAAACAUCUGACGUUGAUAACGUUACAAAGUUUGCCAUUUUUGGUAAUUAUUUAAAAAAAUCACAUAAUACGUUAAAAUUUGACGUUUAUUGGACAAAUCUCAAAAAUCUAGUCAAUGACGAAAUUCAUCACUCACUAUAACAUGAGGAAAAAUAAGAAUUUCUACAACUACAUAUUUCUUCUGGUAUAAAAACUUAUUAUUGCUUAGUUUUGUAAAAAAUACUUUUAUGCUCACAGGGAAUUUUUAAAUUGCGUGAUAGAUUUGUUUUACGUUAUAAUAGUUCCUAAAAACAGGGUUUUUUCGUCAAAUAUUUCACAAUUUGGUUUAACUCAUCUCAUAUUCAAUAUUUAACCAAUAAAUACAUUUUUCAAAUGUAGUAUUUUCUGCUAUUAGAUCUGUUAUUUAUAUUAUAUGGGAUUUUUAUAUAAAAAAUUUAAACAUCUGACACUAUAAAUAUGUGAAAUGUAUUAAACUGUUUUGUUAGAAUGCAAUAAAAAUUAAAAUUUCAAUAUUAACUAGUUUACCUAAAUAUAUAUCCAGAUAUAUGAUAUUUGAAAUGUGGUGUUAUAGAAGGUUGCUUAGAAUAGCAUGGAUACAGACCAAAACGAACAGGGAAGUAUUGCACGAAAUAGACAAAGAAUACGAAAUAAUAAACACAAUAAAAAUAAGCAAGUUACAAUAUCUAGGACACUUAAUGAGGGGACAGCGAUAUGAAAUGCUCAGACUGAUAAUAUCGAGAAAUAUAAGAGGAAUGUUACAAAACUGACAUUACGCGGUUGAUUUUACUAUUACAUAUUUAUGUUUUUAUGCAUAAAGUUUAAUUUUAGUUGACUUUAUUUAUUUUUUAUUAACUUACUUCUAAACAAAUGAAAAACAUUGAAUUUAUAUCUUUUAUUUUACAAACUACGAUAUCUAAUUUAUUUAUUACACUAAAUCUAAUACUUUAUCUACAUAAUUACAAAUUCAAAAAUAUACCGCGCCCGAUACAUACCAAAGUACACCGACGUAUUCAAAUUCACAACUAACUGCUAAUUUCAAAAUCCCUCUUAUUUAUACAAUGCUUAAUCAUCUCGAAUACAAAAGAAUGAUCCAGAAUAAUCGAGUAUUUACAUAAUAACUUAAAGCACGUAAAAUCGAUUUUUCUAGUACAAUAACAAAAGAACAAUUAUUAGAAAAAGGUUUGUAAACAAACUCGAUCGAGAUCUUUCUUUAAAUUAGGGUCCCUCAUAAAUCAAUCAACCACAGGUGCAUUGUAUAAAAAAAAAGGUUCUUGGUAAACACUUUCGGCGCCUGUUAGUCCGGGAGCUGAAAACAGUAAGGUGGCAUAAUCGUGUCACAGGAAGAAGGCGUAUAGGAAGGAGAUUGUCAUGGUUGAAUAAUUUAAGGGACUGGUUAAAAUGCAGUUCUAUAGAACUCGUCAGAGCAGCAGUAGAUAGAGUAAAGAUAGUGAUGAUGAUAUCCAACCUCAGAUUGGGAGACGACACUUAAAAAAGAAGUACCAAGGUAUACUUUAUUUAAUGUCAAUUAAGUGACGUUAGCCUAUUAUUUCUGUUGGAUAAAGAAACAGUAACCAUUUCUUGAUAUUUAAUGUAUGCUGAUGAUGUCUUAUGGUCCUUUUCAUGAGCAUUUUUCAGUGCGUCACAAAUGAUAGAAAAAAAGGUACGUCCGUGAUAAUACACAUUUAUAACAUUUAUUCUAACAUGACAUUUUAGUUAAAUCUGACAGUUGUCACAUUUUAUUUGCAAUUUGGCAUAAAAACAAAUAAAUUGUGUUUAUUGCAUUUAUAAAAUGGUAUUUUCUUUGAUCUGUAAGAGAUAAGAAUAGUAGUAUUUUUGAGAAAAAGAAUAGUAGUAAAUAGUGAAAGGAAUUUUGAACAAAGACUGGAUCAUUUGAAAUAGAACAGGGAGAAAAAUAUUUAUAAUUUUUAUAACAAUAUUAAUUUAUUAAUUUUUAGGUAGAGAAACUAGCUUUCACUAAUUUAGUAAUUUCUUUCCUUUAUAGUAAUAAGGAGUUAUUUUUUCAGAUUUUCUGAAAUUUUUUGAAGGGAAAUGAUACAUUCUUCUAUUAAAAUUAUAAAUUGUACAGAUUAUAUUCGUAGAUAUAUUAUAUAACUCGUAAAUAUUUUUUUUUCGAAUAUAGCGCCAUCUAUCGACAACUAAAAUAAAUGUUAUAAAUGUCUGUAAUCACCGACGUGCCUUUUUUUCUGUUACAUACAAUUUAAUGCGUUAUAAAGAAAUCGAAAAACUGUGACGCACUGAAAGAUGCUCAUGAGAAAAAGAAUAGUAGUAAAUAGUGAAAGGAAUUUUGAACAAAGACUGGAUCAUUUGAAAUAGAACAGGGAGAAAAAUAUUUAUAAUUUUUAUAACAAUAUUAAUUUAUUAAUUUUUAGGUAGAGAAACUAGCUUUCACUAAUUUAGUAAUUUCUUUCCUUUAUAGUAAUAAGGAGUUAUUUUUUCAGAUUUUCUGAAAUUUUUUGAAGGGAAAUGAUACAUUCUUCUAUUAAUAUGUUUUUUGAACAGAUGUAUUUUUUUUUUUGUAUAAAAAUCCUUAUUAUUAGAGAUUUGAAACGUUUAACUGACUUUGGGAUUUUUUCUUUGUUGAAUAAUGUAAGAAUGCCAUAGUGUAUAGCUGGAAGACAUCACACGCAAAAAGUAAUUUCCCAUAAGCACCACGAAGACAUAUCAAUUUUAUAUAAAAUAUUUAAACUCGUUUUCCAUCAAAUAACUUAUACUUGAUUGAUCUUUUUACAAUUAAUAUUGCUUUAAUAUUACUAAAACAACGGUUUUAGGUAUUUGGAAUGUACUAGAAAUGUAAAUAAAACAUCACUAGUUACUCUACCAUAGGUUUUAUAUUAAACAUUACUUUACAUAAUUAUGAUUAGCAUAGGUUGCUACAUAACCACAUGUUAUGAUAGAAGUUGAUUAGCGCUACGUUGCCAAGUCUAUUUUUUACAACAGGAGAACCAUAUACCACAAAACGUAUAAUUAACAAAAUACCAUUUUAGACUAAUUCACAUUAUUGAAUUCACAUUUGAAGAGAUUGAACUGUACCAGCCAAACAGUGGAUUAAUUUUGUCUUAAAAACAAUAUUGUUGACCAAUAGGAACUUACCAUGCCUUCGUUGGUCAGGGGGCGUAGCCUUAAGACAUGAUAAUACGUGAACAGAGACUAAUAUCAAUAUGAACUUGUUUGUUGAAUAAACAUAUUUCAUUGUAAGAAACUGUUUUUGUUUUUAGAAGAGAUCAUCAUUCAAUAUUCGCUUGUCCACUGCUGAACAUAUAUCUCCCUCUUAAUUUUUCAUCUGUUGCAACGUUUUAGAUUGUCUAGAUAGACACACAUAUUCAAAGUUCUAAGAUUACGAGGAAGAUUCCCGACAAGAUCGACCAAAUUAGUAGUGGAGUAUGAAAGACCUAUGCAUGAGUUAAAAGAAAAGAAACCUUUCACCAUACGACUAACUCCGUUUAAUUUCCUUGUACGUGUAGUAGUAGUAGUAGUACCACUAGUACUCGUCAGACUUAUUUACAACAAAGCGAGUUUGCCAGUGUGCUAACUAAAAUGUUUCGCUCUGUUUAAAUUAAAACUUUGAAAACGAUGAAUCGCUUUAUAACCACCAGAAUUUCACGUUAACACGGCGAAGGAUAUAUCUGUUACCCUAAUAACACCAAACAUUCCAUGUAUGUUCCUAGAAUGUACACACAGGAUAUUGAAAACAUUCCUGGAUGUCCUCAAAAGCACAAGAAUGUUUCCUAAAUGUCCCAGGAAAGUCCUCUGUCAGCAUUUUAAACAUUCCUUGAAUGUCUUGUUGGAACAUUCCAUGAAUGUCUACAAAUGUUCUUUGGACAUUCACAGUAUAUUUUUUAUACAUUCCCUGGAUAUAGUCGCUGAUGUGACAUAAUACCCCCGAUUUGUUUUUUCAUGAGUUUUGUAAGAGAGACUAAAAACUUUUUUACAGUCACCUCCUAUUUUCAUAUGAUGUUUUUUGACAGGUUUUGUAGUAAAUUCAACUAUCUAUUUACUACAAAACAUGUCAAAAUUUACAUGUGAAAACAGGAGAUGACCCUAAAAAUGGUUUUUCGUCUCCUACAAAAUUCAUGAAAAAGCAGAUAGGAGGUAUUGUCACAUUACCGACGAUAUACCAGAAGUAUAUGUGGCCAUACCAAAUAAUACAUCUUUGAUAAAUAUAAACAUUUUUAUUGCACAAAAUCUUGUCAUAUAUUUGUUUUCCAUAAUCAUCACUACGAUGAUGAUUCAUUGUAUUGAAUUGUACAUUACAAUUACAAGCUGGUCAUAACUGACCAAUGAGCAAUUUUAAUUCAACCUAUAUUACUACUGCUCCUUAAAGUGAAGAGCUUACCCCAUAGCGUCUCUUAUCUAAUCUAACAAGAUCGUGCACUAUUCUAACAUACACACAAGCACUAUGUUCUGCUUUUCACUAUCACCUAUCACUCAAACUAGUUCAAAAGGCUUUGUCCUCUUCAAUCUUCUAGUUUGCCCAGUAGUAUCGAGGAGCUGGAUUUCCUCAAUAUUCUUGUAGGUACUUAUGAAGUUAUUGCUUCUGACUUUCAACUUUAAAAACAAAUCUAGCUGUAAAAUAUUUAUGUGCCUGAAAGCUUUUGUAUGCUUUCAUCUGCUGCUUAGAGUAGUAACUGUGAAACUCCACCAGAUAUGUAUAAAAAUCUAUAAUUGUAAUUUGGUGGAAUGCACUUUACUGUAAAAUCCAGUUCUGACUGAAUUGUAUAUGGAUCUAAAUCCCCAAUUAUUUUCAGCUUCAAUAAAUAUCUAAAACAAUAAAAGAAAUAAUGUUAUUGCUUGCAAAAUUCAUCAAUAUUGAUAAAUAUCAGGGAAAAAUGAACAGUAAAUAAAAAUUGUUUCCUUUACAUUUCUCCAACAUCUGGAGCUUCCAAUAAUAAUUUCCUUAAAUAAUCAUUUUGCGUUGUGGUAAAAUUUAUAAAGUUCACAAAAUACAGCAAACGAAAUCCAAAUGAAUCAAAAAUAGACAAAAUACGACGAUAAACAAUGAAAAAUAGAUAUUACAAACAUAACCUCGACCUCUGUAACUUUUUGUAUGCCAAAUCCAAACCGAACCAGAAGUCACGUGGUUUGGAUUGCCUAAUACAUAGAUACACACGCGCAAAUUUGAAAAUGAACGCAAAUUGAAUAGUAAAUAGGCUCUCUUAAAAUAUAGGACAUUGGUGGUAUGUUCACAAAAUGUCUUGUGGUAACAUUCCACCAAUAAUUUAAUCAGAUGUUCACCGAAUGUUCCUUGAAUGUCCAGGACAUUCAAACGUUAAUAGAACUUUGAUAGUACAUUCCUGGAAUGUUUUGUGUUGUUAGGGUAGCAGUUGUGAGAAACAGAGGUAGAAGAAAACGGACGAGAAAAUUGAAGGAUCGUGUGUAGGAGGACUUAGGGGAGAAAUGUUUAGGUGAAGAAGACGAUCGACAGAAAUGAGUGGAGAAGAAGAAUAAUAAACAGCGACCUCUGAAAAGCUGAAGAAGAAGAAGACUAGUCUGACACUGUUUUGUAAGGUCAAGCGACGAUGCAGUGUAUAUAUUGCAGAUUUUCAACAAGGAUUCACAUUCAAGUCUUUAAGUGACGAAAAUGUGAAAAUAGUUUGAGAAGAACGACAAAUUUGCUGAAUUGCAUAUUGUCUUUUCAGUCAAAUCUUGUAAAUAUAUUUUUAAUUACAGUAGAGCGUCGAUAAUCCGAACUAAUUGGUACAGGGGUAGUUCGGAUUAUCGAACAUAUUAUGUUUAAAAUACAUACAAAACUCAUAAACAUAGUACAUACAUACGUUUUAGUUACAAGGAAUAAAACACCUGCAUAAUAAACAAAUAUAUUGUAUGUAUUUCCUGCAUAAACAAAACAAAAAUCCGCGGUCAUAUUUUGCCCAUAUUGUCAUAUUAAAUCCAAAAAUUCGGUCCGCGAUUAUAUUUUUAAUUUUAUAAUUUUUUUUUUGCGUUCGGAUUAGCGAACGUUCGGAUUAUCGACGCUCUACUGUAUUAUUGUUCAUUAAGUUUUUUCGUGUAUAAAUUGUUACUGUUAUUAGGUACUAAAAGUGAGUUUUUAAACGGCUUAUUAAUGUGUUUAAUAAUGGCUAAUUGGACCAAAUCUACUUCCUUUGCAACUUCCUACUUUACUGUUCAAAAGAAAUCAAAAUAACAUUUGUUGUUCUAUUGAUAUUUAGUUGUUUCAAAUAUUAGUUAAAUAUUAAAUAAGUAAUAGUAGUUUACUUAAAAAUAGUAAUAUUUUAAACCAUUUGAAAAAAUCCCAAAGUUAAAAACUUUUAACUGUUAUAGUGAAGGAAUUUAUUUAUACUAGAAAAGAAAAUGUGUAGAUUGUAUAUAAGACAUAGAAUUAAUUAUAUUUUAACCAAUUUCAAUCGACUUUAGAAAAAUAUACAUUGAAUGUAAUCAAAAACUAAAAUUUCGUCUAAAUUUCAUUUGGACGUCGCACUCUUUUGUAACUCCCCAAUUCACUGCCAUUUGUUUUUAUUGAAGGAGCCAAAAUCUUAUUACAAUUUAUUUGACUAUAUUACCACAUAUAUAUUUUCGUUUAUAUCGUCCCUACCAUUUCCAACCACCGAAUGUGAAAAAUCGGGUUUUUCAGAUUUCAUACCUUGCCCUCGCAUUAUAUGUGAUACGAUACAUCUUGUGGCAAAUUCUCGUUAUUGCAGCUUCAUUAGGAGCGCGGGUAAUAUGCUGUUUAAACCAUCGAAUAUGAUCAUUUUUUCAUUUGGUUGACUGCAAACUGACGAAAAUGGUUAUAUUCGAUAUUUUGUUUUGUAUAAAUAUAACUAAAGGUAUAUUUGUACAACGCUAAAUGUCGAAUGUGUCACAUUCGUUAGUUUGUGUUGUAAUUUAUUCAACAGUUAUUAAAUUAUAAUCUGUAAACUGUCGAAAAUGCUAAACUGCUGAGAAGAAUAAAUGCACGUGUUUACAAUUAGUGCGAAUUUUAUUUCAGUAUCGCUUCCAAGAAAUUCUUGUGAGGCAGUUUAUGAUUUCACUUUAACGGAUUUUCAUUAUUUGAUUACAUAUACAGUUAUUCGCUAUUAUACAUUCGCUACUUUGAAUCACCGGAUCGAAACAAAUUUUUGAUUAAUACAAAAAGCAAAGUAACGAAUGUGAUUUUUUGGAAAGAAAAAAAUGAUAAGCAGUUUAAAUUUGUUAUCAAUCUAACAAGGAUUAAACAUUACAUACAAAAAAUAUAAAAAUUUUCCCAUUUGUCAAUGCGCUGAUUUAGGAGUCUCUAAAAAAGAGUUAUUUUGCUCUCCUGAAAAGUACCACUUUUCACAUUCGAUAGUUGGAAAUGGUAGGGACGAUAUUUGUAUACAGCCGACCAAAGCAGUGGUAUAGUUCAUACCAAACCCUUCAGUGCGUCAUAGUUAUCGAAUUCUCUCUAACGCAUUAAGUUGCAAGUGACAGAAAAAAACGUACGUCCGUCAUUAUUAUACAUAGAACGCAGAAAACUAUGUAUUCGUUGACGGGUAGGGGCAUACUAUGUUAAGUGGUAAAACUACAAUUAUUGUCAUUCGGAGUUAGUAUAUUUCGACAUUUUAUAUUGACAAUUUUAUUUUAUAUUUACUUAUUUUUUCAUUAAAAUAUUUUAAAUUAAUAUUCAGGCAUAUAUGUAUGUAAAUAUUUAUAUAAAUAUAAAUAAUAUCUUCUUCUUUCUCUUUUUAUUGGCUUGCAUUAUAGUUAAAUAUAAUUAUAAAUAUUCUGGCUCAGUAAAAUGUCAUGCGAUGUUUUGCGACAUUCUUAAAAUCCUAUACGACGUUAAAAAUUAAUGACGCACUAAAAGAUGGGUUUGGUUUAAACUAAAGUUAAUGUGACCUUUUUGCACGUUAGAUCCUUUUUGCACGUUAUAGUAGAGAAUACAGGGAAUAACGAAAUUAUGAAAAUGUAAUGUUACUGUUCUUAAAUUCAUCCGAUUACCAGAUAUAAGUAUAAGAUUUUGACUCUGCAUAUAUCAUCCAAAUAUCUCUAUCAAGAUUGAAUCUCAAAAUUAGUCGAUUAGGCCUAACCUCGAGUGGACUUUAUACCAUUUUUGUAAUUAAAAUAUUUUUGAUUGUGUUAAAUAUUAUAAAAAAAAAUCAUCUUGAGCUAUCUUAAGUAUGUUUUCUCGAUAGGGCUAUUCAUAGCUGCUCAUUUGUUUCGAACACUUGAGAUAUCUACGUCAUAUGUCAUUGGUAUAUAAUAUAUUAUAUAAUUGGGAUAUACCAAAAACGUAUGACGUAGAUAUAUUAUAUGUAUACGUCAUAUGUCAAGUGUUCGAAACAAAUGAGCAGCGAUGAAUAGCGGUAUUGAUUAAAUUUUUUGGUUGCUUUUUAAUAAAUUGUAAUUUUGACGGUGUUAAUGACUACCGUUGUGACGAUUUUAGAUAGUGACUCUUAUACAGUGUCUUUUUAGGCCUGGAUCCCGCGUACCAAAAAAAGUUAAUUAAUAGCAAGCUGAAAAUUUGUUAAUAGCUUAAUGUGGUCUAGUCGGACAAACUUUGAUUAAAUGGGAACACUGGAACAGGGAAAGAUUUAAUUGUGGAACAGGUUAAAAAUUUGGAACGUCACGCUACGAAAACGUUCCAUGUAUUUUGUCGGACAAAACUUCCUAUUGAUUUGUUACCCUUUCAUUAAACUCUCAUGCAAAAAUCAGACUGGUAUUUAUCACCAACUUGUCAUUUUAACAAGUCCGUCACGUGUAACAUGUCGAUUGACAGGAAUUAUGUUGGUGAUAAAUAGCAGUCUGAUUUUUGCAUGAGGGUUUAAUGAAAUGGUAAUAAAUCAAUUUUAAGUUCUGUCCGACAAAAUACAUGGGACGUUUUCGUAGUUUAACGUUCCAAAUUUUUAACCUGUUCACAUUUAAAACUUCCCCUGUUCCAGUGUUAGUUCCCGUACAUCAAAGUUUGUCCGACUAGGCACCGUUAAGCUAUUAACAAAUUUUUAGCUUGCUAUUAAUCAACUUUUUUUUUGGUACGCGUGGUCCAGGCCUAAUUGUGGCGAAAGAAAAUGCUAUACAUAUUAUAUUGAAUGUAGCAGUGCACGAAAAGACGAUUUUUAAAAAGGUUGUUCGAAACAUAGGGAAUUACUUUCCCAAAACCUUUGGCACUCAAGAAAAACUUCUUCCCUUAUAUAAGCCAUCUUGCUUGUUGAUUGGCGGGUUGUCUGUAUGGAAUAUUAUCACCCCAUCUCUUGCGCAGUCGACCGACACUUCUUAAAAAAAAUUAACAAAUUAAAUAUACCAUAAAGAAGAACAUACGGUAAGAUAGCUUAAAAUGUUUCUUAGUGAUGUGUAAAAGAUUAGUGAAUAAUAUAUAAUUUUUAUGAAUUGUGUUACAGAUGUCGUAGGAACAAACCUUGCAAAUGUAUACAAGAAAUGUUAAAAUGAAAUGUUAAAUAUUACGUUGUAAAGCGUAAUAAAUAAAAAAUAUUUUCAAUAAACCAGUAAUCAAAAUUUUUAGUUACUUUACAAAAAAUGUCGAUACUCGAGACACUCAUAUUAGAGGGCCUCAUAUUAAACCCUAAAAAUGAAAUUUUAAAUAUUACGUUGUAAAGCGUAAUAAAUAAAAAAUAUUUUCAAUAAACCAGUAACCAAAAUUUUUAGUUACUUUACAAAAAAUGUCGAUACUCGAGACACUCAUAUUGGAGGGCCUCAUAUUAAACCCUAAAAAUAUUUAUGCUUUCACAAGCACUAAAUAGAAGAAAAGUAACAAAAAUAAUAAUAAUAAUAAUUUAGAUAUAAUACGUCGGCGUAAAAAUGACAUGAAUAUAACUUAUAUAAUAUAACAAACGUAUAACAAAUCUAACUAUAAUAUAACAAAUUCUGAAACUUGACAAAGACAACCAAAGUGCGGAAAUCACUAGAAGAGCAAGACCAGCACGGGCAGGAUUUGGAAAACUCAGAUGGAUACUUAAGGACCGCAAAAUAGUUCAGUACUUAAGGAAUAAAAUGCUCAACCAGUGUACCCUUCCUAUCGUAACAUAUGGUUGUCAAACCUCGACCCUAACUAAGGUAAAUAUGAACAAACUAGCCACAAUCGACAGGGCAAAUCGAAAGGUAAGGUCAAAACCAAAACUCGAAAUGCUAAACAAUAAUAUUGCAACAAAAAUUGCCUAAGAAGAAGCAGCACAAAAAUAAAACAGUAUCUGUAGGAGGCACCAAAAUGUAAUUGAUUUGAAACAUCUUACAAAGACAAAACAAAGUAAGAGUGUAACGGAUAGCUCUUUCAAGACGACAGACUCGGUAAAACACAGGUUAAAAAAUAAAGUAAAUAUAUUUAAGAUAAUUAUAUACAGUUUAAACUGAAUAAAUCAAAAUAUAUUUCUAUCUUCUGCAAAUGAAAAGCAAUAUUAUACUUCUUAUUGCCAUCCCAACAUAAUAGUAAUAUUAAAAUGAUACGAUAAAAAAUACAAUAUAUACAAUAACAAUCUCACUACGUUAAAUCAACAUAGCCAUAUAUCCCGACACGGAAACACCGCAUUUCACUUUAAUGCGGCACGGUUGAACAGCGACACGCAGUCACUCGUUCCUCGCUACUACCUCCUACUGCGGUAACGGUUACGGUGGACGCCACGUCACUAGGUGGUGUCCGCCUAGGAACAGUUCCACCUCAAAUACGGUGCAUCUCUGCCAAUCGAGCUACUGCUAAUUCAACACGUUAGUAACAACUGAUUUUCUCGUUCUCCUGGCUCGUCUUAAAUAUGCUCUCGAUGCCAUUUCUCCUUCAGUUUCCCCCAGCGGUGUUAUGAAGAAGGAAUUCGCCAACACGGACACUCCUACGGUCGUCUCGGUAGACCAGCUCAUCGCUUGCCGUGGUAUCAUAUCGUUACAAGAGUGAAUAUGAAAUUAGGAAAAGGAGUGACCAGUAACUUACAGAAUUUAACUCAAGUAAGUUACAUGUGGAACAUCAAAGUAUAGACGAACAAUAUACAGGAUGACUAGAACAAAUUUGGUAUGCCAAAUACAGUACGUAAACAAUGCAAAAGAAUAACGUUUGAUGAAAUUAAUAAUUCCGACUUGAAACAGUAAAAAAUAAUGAAAUGGACUUGCAAUUCCAUGUACUUAACUCAAUGUACUUAAUUGUAAUGAUGACCUCCCUUAUGCUAAUCAGAUAAUCAAGGAAGGGUCUACAGAGGCCUGCUGUUUAAUACAGCGCUUGAUGUCUGUUAAUUGAAAAGGGAGUGAUAAACUUGGUCGAAAGCUCCUUAGGCCAAUUCUAGAGUUCAUGCUCAAUGCCAUUGCUCAAAACAAAAGAAAUGUUUUGGCUCUCGUCGGACGAACUCAAAAAAAUCCAGUACCUAAGCAGGGUUGCCAACACUUGAGACUGAUUCAGUAAGAAAGCAUGAUUUAUUAUUACGAAAAAAAAAGAAAGAGAAAACAUUUUAACCAUGCAGGAGGCAUUUGGAUCGGAAUUUCUUGUUGAAUUAACAUUAAGGAAAUGUGAAAAUUAAAAAUUCUGUUGAGGAAACGUCCUAAAAUCUUCUUUGUAUUUUGAGAACGAUUUCCGAAAUGGAAGAAAUCGAAACGUUAAAUAAAAUUUUAAAGUAAAAUUGUGGCUUAUUCUCAACAGAAAUAGUAAAUUUUCCUAAAACCAUAUUAAAAAUAAAAUAGAUGCAUUUGAAAAAUGAUCAAAAGAAUGUAUACAAUAGAAAUAAUGACAUAAAGAGGGAUAAAAACAUUGAUACAUUUAAAAUAUGCUGCAAAAAAGGAAAAUACAUAAAAAAAUCAGUAAACUAGCAAGAGAAUAAAGUAAGUGGAACAGAAAAAUUCAAAAGAAAUAUUUUAAACAAUACACUUAACUUGCGUUUUACUUAGAUUUAGGAUCUCAAUAAAAAACUUAAAGGCAUGAAAUUUAAGAGGAAUCUAUAAUAAACACUAACAUAAAGUGCUAGAAAGAAAGGGCACAAAAAUGAUCCGAAAUGGGCAGCAAAAAAGGAAAUAAGUAACCUGGCAAGACAAUGGAAAACUAAAUAAAUGAAUACGUAACAGGUAGUGACAGGAUUAAGAAAAACUUAAAAGAAAAAUAAAAAAUACCAAGAUUAAGCAAUUAAUUUUGGAUUUUUGAUGCCAAUGAAUUAAUUUAUAAUCGUUAUCAAUUAAAACGAAUACGGGAUAUUCUGAGAAGGGAUAAGAGAUUUUAAAUAACUGUUACACAUACAGUUUGCUCAAUUUACAUAUAUUUUUUUCUCAAUUAGUUAAUUGUUUUCUGCUAAUAACUCAACCACUAUAGAAUCUCCAUUCAUGUUCAAGAAGUAAAUAACUGGAAAAUAUGUUUUAUUAGUAAAGUUGUAGUUCAAUGUAAGUCUUGUUCCUACGGCUAUAGAUUUUUUAACUUGUCAAUAUAUUAACUUGAGAAAUUAUUCUGUUGUUCCUGUUAUUACGAAUAUACCUAAUUUUAUUUUAUUCUAUUGGUAACAAUAGCAGUGAAAUCCAUUUAUGCCAGAAUCUUCAAACUCUCUAGAUCAAAACGAAAAAUAAAUGCAUGAUGAAAAAUGUUAAGUACUUUUUGUAGUGUUCGUUUUAUUUUGCAUUAGUAUCUGUUAAUAAAUAAUCAAUAUUUCAUUAGUUAAGGGAAGUGGUAACAAGCAUCAGUAUGUCGAAUAAGGCUCACAGUGACAACACUGCACAAACAAUUUAAAACUGACGUUAAAACCGCAGAAACAAAAACUAUGCUGAUAAUGAAUUUAUGUAUAAUCAGUAAUUAUGUUAUGGCGCUUUAUACAACUAUUUCUACUAUGACGUUUUGGGACAUAGAGUUACACCCUUCUUUUCCUAUAUCGAUAGCGAUGCUAUGUGGAAUUGUGCUGUAGCUAUUAACAAAAUUGUAAAAAACGUCUUGAAGAUUAACUAAGCGGAUAUGCACAUGGUUGCCAGAUUGUACAAGUUAUCGGAAUUUCCUUGAAAUGCGUAGUCUCCUGCUCAUACGUGUAAAGAGGAUUUAAGGCGACACAAAUUGAAAUUAUCAAUUAGUUCUUUCGUACAAAUAAUAAGUGCGAAGGACAAAGAUCUGAUACACGAUUGCUGUAAAUUUUCACAGCACUGCCUGUUCUACAUACCUUAUUAAAUAUAUAUACAGUGAGCACGUAAAGGUUGGAAUAAAUUCAUUUUCUCGAGAAUGGACGAUUUGGGAAAAAAAUCCCGAAACAGGUCAAUUUUUAUUUUUAAAUUACGACUUUUUGGCAAAUAUAUCAUACUAGUGACGUCAUCCAUCUGGGCGUGAUGACGUCAUCGAUAAUUUUUUUAAAUGGGAAUAGGAGUCGUGUGAUAGCUCAUUUGAAAGGUAAUUUAAUUCUCUAUUCAGUAAUACAAACAUUUACAUACAUACACAUAACUAUUUAUACAGGGUGUCUAAAAAUUUUUUUUUAAAUUAAAUUUAUUGACAUAAAAAGAAGAAUGCAUGUAAUUUAUGUAGCCCAAAAUACAUUUUACUGUUCUUAGAAAACAGAAAAAAAUGUUCAUUUGAAAAAUAAUCAUUGCUUCUUCCUUAAAUUAAAUGUUCAAACUGUCAAGAGGAAUGUGAGUGGCGGCUUUAUUAUUGAAUUUAAGCAAAAAACGAUAUUUAUUUGUUAAAUAAACAUUAUUUCCUGUUUUCUGAUAGCAGUAAAAUGUAUUUUGAGUUAAUAAAUUACACACAUUCUUCUUUUUAUGUCAAUAAAUUGAAUUAAAAAAAUUUUUUUUGACACCCUGUAUAAAUAAUUAUGUUAAUGUUUAUAUUACUGAAUAAAGAAUUGAAUUACCUUUCAAAUGAGCUAUCACACGAUCCCUAUUCUCAUUUAAAAAAGUUAUAGAUGACGUCAUCACGGCCAGUUGGGUGACGUCACUUAUAUGACACAUAUGUCAAAAAGUCGCAAUUUAAAAAUAAAAAUUGACCUGUUUCGGGAGUUUUUUCCAAAAUCGUCCAUUCUCGAGAAAAUGAAUUUAUGCCAACCUUUACGUGCUCACUGUAUAUAACUAGAAAAGAAAAAUAAUGCGCCAUUAUGAGACCGAGUUUUUCUAGAAUUUGGGUGAACACAGCCAACAUUAAUUUGAUAUGGAACGCCACUUAAAUUGCAACAGUUGUAUAGUCAACAAUAAUCGAGAAAAGAGAAAAAUUGAUAAACUGAUUUUAAUAAGAUAUAUUUUAAUAAGUAGAUAAAUUUUGAACAUCUUUAACAGUUAAAAUACAAUUUUAAAUGUUUGGUAAUAAAUGUUUAAGGAAUUUAAGAAGCCGCUUUAUUUAACCACUUGCCGGUAAUUUAACAAUCGUAUACGUUACCUACUCCUUGUAAAUUAGUAAUUUCAGAACUAAUUUAUUUGUUCGAAUCUGUGAAAAGUAUUUGUUUGAAUAUGCCGACGGACGAUUACGCAUCGAUACUAUUGGGACCGUGCAAGUUCGGAAAAGCAACACCUGGUUUCUACGCUCUGCACUUUUAUUCGCACUCUUAAUUAUAUUGGCCAAUCAUAUGGUCCUGGUCACUGGAUAAUUGUCAAGGCCAUAGUCCAAAAAAAAAUAAUAAGAAGAAAAAAUAAGAUUUAGGUUACGUUAUUAAAACGUAAACAAUUGUAUGUAGUAAAUAAAAUUAGUUAUUAAAAUGCAGCAAAAUAAAACUAAUUAAAUUUACCUUUAUAUAAUAAUUGCAUAUUAUAUCAAUAUUGUGGAGCAAUAUAUAAUUUUUGUCCUUCAAUGACAGUAGUUAUGAAAUGUACGUCAAUUUGACAAUUUCAAUUGACAUGAAUUAUUUAAGAAAGUUGCAAUAUUUCUCCGCUAUUCGCGCACGAUCGUUUCGCGUAUCCCUUCCAAGUACUUGCACACCGCGAAUAGUGAAAUAAUAAGCAAUGUUGCCAAUUUUAGCGCUUCCUUCAAUCUAGGUACAUAUAUGUAAUUAAAAAGUAAACGCACUGUAUACUAUUCUUAUGACAUAAUUGCUUGUUACCACCUACUUAACUUCAAAGUAGUUUUUUUGUGUUUGCGUCGAUAUUCCAAACACUAAUCAACUACUCUAUAUUCUGAUUGCAUUUUUUGUAGUAGACUCAUUACAGCUCAUAUUUUUAAAUAGUUAUCAUAAUAGUAGGAAAAGUGACAUAAUAUUUAGUCCAAUUUAUCACCUAGAAACAAUAGUAUUUUAAGAGGGAACACUGGAAACAUCUAAAAAUGAUAUUUUUUUGACAUAACGAUACACCAAUUCCAAAAACAGGGUAACAACUCGAAUUGUUACACUUUGGAACUAAAAUAAUUACUGUUUUAUGACAAGAUAUAUGUGUGACAUCUUCACAGAACGUUAUUAUAGAGCUGUUAUCCUUUGGAACUCGUAAAUAUUGGUUAUUUAAAGGUUAUUCCAAUACUUACCUUCCCAGCUAACAGUGUUCGUAUAUAUAACGUCAAACAAACGUCAACAUUUUGGGAGAAGUUAUGACAAAAGUUACAUCAAAUUUUACCUAAAAUAUACGUAUAAAAGUCACAGCGAUGUUACGUAACAAUUUUACGUUAUUUCUACGUAACCUUUUUAACGUCACAAAAACGUCAGUUUUUAGGAGAAUUUUUGGUAUAAAUGAUAUUUAUAAAUAGGACUUUAAAUUAUUGUGUAAAUAAAACCACAUACAUGAUGCUGACACAUUUAUUAAAUAUUUGAAAUAAACAUUUAUUAUAUAUUUGACUUUUAUAUGAGAGAAAGAGACAAAAUUAUUAUUAGCUACUUUAUAUUACAAUACAUAAACAUACCCUUGAAGUAAUCUUCAUUCGUAAACUGCACACUUUCAUAUAAGGACUAGACUGCAAUCUCAAACGAGAUCUUAUACGUGUCUAUACCUACCAAAAAGCCACGUGUUAGAGACGAAUAAAUUCAUACGCAUUAAAACCUACCAAAGAGCCACGUUUCAGAAACGAAUAAAUUCAUACGUAUAAUAUACGUAUUAAAAUUUCGUAUCAGUAACGUCAUUUUGUGAUAGAUGUUACGUAACAAUACAAAAAAACCUAAAUUUAACGUUAAUGUAACGUUAUCUUGCUAGCUGGGUUACCUACAAAUCACUAAAAUUCAGAAUUGUUACUCUUUGGAACUAGUGUAUCGAAUUGAGUUUAUUAAAGAAGUACAAUAUUUUAAUUAUAAAAGUAAGAUGCAAACAUCACGAAGUGGAAAGGAAUACUCAACAAGAGAACAGUUAUUUUAUGUGCAGAAAGUAGCAUAUGUAAAGAAUUCCAACAUUUGGAAGAUUUUUAGGUGGUGUGCGUGUUCUAUUUUAUUGAUUUACCAAAACCAUUGGUAGAAUUCAGGUUUUUAUUUAAGGUUUGUUUCUUUGAAAUCUAAGAUUUUCCCUAUCCGAUGAGAGAGUUGAAAUGGAGGGGAUAUGACAUGUCGAAACUACUUCUCAUGGUGGCAUAAUUUGUAAGCGUCCCCCCACGGGCGGUAUAUUCAGUUAUUUUUCUUCACUAUAUUCUCUUACCUUAGUAAUGAAAUCCACCUCUUCUUUUCAACCAGAUCCUUUGGAAACACAAAGAAUCUACAUAUCCCUCUUUCCUAUACUGUUUACAGAACGAGGGAAAGCACAUUACCAAUUUUAUUAUACAAUAUACAAUGGUUCACAAACGUUCCUAACCUUUGGUUGAGAAUAUCACUAAAAAACUAUAUUUUAUAGAAAUUUAAGAUCGAAUUAUGGUGGCAUUGUCUUAAAAACACUACAGUUAAGCAGAAAAGCAACAGAAGAAACAAAAUUUCCAGUUUAUAGGAAUUAAAAAGGCUUGAUAUUGAACAAACACUGACUUUUCAACCUUUGUUUACAAAAAGAUGAUAACAAUACGACAGUAGUGACGUCACACUUCGGCUGUCAGCCUUGACACGUAGGACGCCGUAAUGUAUACAAUAUUAAAGAGUUCCAUACGCCGUGGUUCAUACAGUAAUCGCUCCGAGCGUUAACAAAGUGUCAAAGCAAAAUCGACCGACCUGCUCAUGGUGGUGGUUGCUUGAAUCUUUGUAAGGACGCUUUAUUGUAUGUUUAAAUGGGACAUUAAAAAAUGCCAUAUCACGUUAUUUGUUGUGUUGUUCACUGUAAAAAUACAUGAAAAACUAGUGAUGUGAAACACCUUAUUUUCCUCGUUCCCAAGAAAAAUUAGAUCAAAGAAUAAAAUUAAUUAACGCUGUUAUAAGGAUGAAGUGAGGUUAACUUUUUCUAUAUAUACAAAGGAUGUGGCAAUGUACACAUGAUAUAAUAAUAUUAUUUACGUUUUUAUAAGUUUUGUACAUAUUACAUACACUUUUUAGCUCUGAUAAAUCCGAAUUGACCCCAAAAAGUACGGAUACGGUAUGUCCUAUAUAUCCUCACUAUCGCAAAUUAUGUCAAUAAAUCUUUAUUAACGACAAAAAAUAUUUUUGUUGAACUAUAAAUGACAUUAUAAAAGAAUAACUAAUGAAUUCUAACAAUUUGUAUUCGUUUAUUAUCACUAGAAAAUAAAAUAUUCAAAUUUAACAAAACAGUCCCAUAAAAGUCAAUACUAAAACGUCCUUACAAAACUGACAGCGUGUCACGUGACUGUAAUUUUCUGUAAAUAGAGGGGAGACGCACGGAGCCAAUAACAGUCACUGCGAAGCAAGUGUGAUUCGCGCGGCGCUGUAAGUAAAAUAAGCGUAAAUUGUAUAUGAUUCGCGUGGCGUUCAACGUGUUAAAAUCCCGUUGUAUUUUUCUAUAUUUAUGUAUUCUAUCAGACACUUUCAACCAUGUACAGUGUUUAUAGCAAAUUUCUAAUAAUGUAUAGAUACAUUAGCACACAAUUAAUAGUAAAAUUUUAAAUAAUCUCUUAUUUUUGUAAAUCACACAUAAAGCAUACACAUAAGAUUGUCCCCCACGACGUCCCAGUGUACCACGUGACCUAUAAUCAUAAGGUUUGUUCCAACUCGAUACAAAGCCGUUCUUGAAUUAUUAGUUAUUGCGCAUGCGCGUAACGAUUCAAGAAGGUUUUUGUAUCGAGUGGAACAAACCUAUAGUUAACGCUCCCAGCGGAUAGGUUUUAAGAUUGUCUUAGUUCAUUUAAGGUUAAGGCCUAUUCAUAUUCUAGUUAGAGGCGCGACAAAUAACACAUUUUUUACUUACAUGUCCGCACAUAACCAGUUGCUGUUAGUAAGUAGGGAACAUAUUAGUUUAUUUGAGCCCUAUAUUUCCAAAGACUAAUGCGUGUUUCCUAGUUUUCCCAUAACUGAAACCAAAAUUGUCCAGUUUUAUAAUUUUUCCCUCAAAACUUUUAAUGCUGAAUCCGAAUCUGUCAUCAGGUUUUCUGUAUCUGUUGUAGUUUUGGCUGCACUUAUCGCGUACAGACCAUACAAAACUAAGGAAUCAAUAUCUUUUUGUUUCGAAUCCAAAUAUUCUGAUUAUUGAUCAAUGAACUGUCAACACUGAUGGAAUGGGCAAGAAGUGAAUUUAAUGACGCCAGGAUGAGAUAGCGCUAGUCAGGGAAGGAGGGAAGAUAAUGGCCAUCUUUCGUAAACAAAAAAUUUAUAGUGGUAGUCAGCGUUGCCAGCUUGGGGUAUUUUUCCAUAAUUUUGGAGUAAUUUGAAAGCGUCUAGAGGAGUUUUUCUAAGCAGAAAUGGUUGGGGAGGGACAAUUAUGAGAUAUUUUAAGGGGUCAUGGUAAAUUAAAUUUGCGUAUAUACGUAGAACUGUAUAAUUAUACCCUCAUAUAAUCGAAGACGAUAGGACCUAUGAAUUAUUUCCAGGGCCUUCUGUUGAUAAGUAGUAUAAUUUUGGUUUACUGUUCUCUACAUUUGACUACUAAUUUAUUAAAAUGCGGCAAAAAUUUAAAUAUAAGAGGUUUGAGCUUCAAUUUGAGGGAAUUUCAGUUUCUAAGUGGGGGAUUUAUAAAAUCACAUCUGGCAACUCUGGUCAUUAUGAUAAUAUCCAACCAAUGAAGAAGUCAAAUUUUCCCUGACAAGCUCUGUCUCUCUCUAGGACCUCUCACUUGUAUGUUGGCCGCAAUCUCGCUUCACUGUUUGAAUGGGAUGGGGCCAUUCCAUCGGUGUUGACAGUUCAUUGUUAUUGAUACACAAAAUACAUAACCUUGCAAAUAAAAUGAUUUAAGACUUGAGUGGUUAUUGUACCAUAAGCUGAUACAAUUAUAAAAUUAUGAGAAUGAUCCACUACUUGAAUUUUGAGCUCGAUAUAUAUGUAAAAUACAAACAUUUUUUUAGAUUUUGGUAUUUUUAAGUCAGUAAGCAUGGUUAUUGUUUUUACAUGUUUCCUAGUUGUACCAUAUACUUACGUCCCAUUUGAACUGAUUUUUCUUCUUAAUAUCAUAUUAUCGGUGUUGCUGACAAAUGAAUAGGUAUAUAUUUGUGUUAAUAUUUUGAAAAAUUUAAGUAUUAUUCGAGAAAUAAUAAAAAAAUAUUAAUAUUUGGCUGUUAUGCACGAAAUUAAAAAAUAAAUAUGUUACGAAAAUA